AUGGCAUGUUGUACUCCAUUAUCAAAUUUUGAAGCUGGUCAAAAUUAUAAAGAUAUUUAUGAUCCUGCUGUUUGGGUAUCAUUUCCACUUACUGAUGAUGCAACAGUAAAACUUGUUGCUUGGACAACAACACCAUGGACAUUACCAUCAAAUAUUGCACUUUGUGUUAAUGCAAAUUCAAUUUAUGUCAAAAUUCUUGAUAAAACAAGGAAUGAAGUUUUUAUUUUAAUGGAAAAACGAUUAUCUGAACUUUAUAAUAAACCUGAUAGUUAUCAAAUACUAGAGAGGUUAGUUAAAUGA